AUCCACCUACUCUUCUUGCCGCAGCGCUUAAACGUAUUCCGCUUGCACACAUUCACUUCCCCAUCUGGCGUACACGACAUAGACAGCGGCGGAUGGGCCCCAUCAGUGCACUCUCGUCCGUUAACGCAAUCGUUGCUAAGAUGUGCGCGACAGAUGUUGAGGCUGGCGUCAAUGUCCGGCGAAAACUGUGA